CCUGGAGAUAAAUCAGUGGUUCUUAUGGAAAGUAUGGCUUUGUGUUUUGGUUUCCUCCAUAAAACAAAAAUAGAAAAUGCAGCCGGACUACCUGGCCGUGGAUUCACCAUUAUAAGCUCUUCAUAUCAGUGAGCUAUACACCAGUACAUUUGCAUGUAUGUGCAGCAAUAAAACUAACAUUGGACUUUUAUUCAAAUCUGUGACAAUAUUUACAUGCUUUGCCUGGACAUUGUCACAAAACUCCCCACACAACUGAACUGAAUCACUGGAGCUAUAAGCCAGCAGGUUAAGUGGACAUUCUACUCACUUUUAAAACUUGUAGAUGUGUGUGUUUGCAUAGGUGCCGUAAUCUAUGAUCCGUUCUUUCUCUCGCAGGGACAAUGUGGUGCUUCUUUGUGUUUGCUCUACUUCUGGAAAAUGCUAUUUUUCAUAACAAAACAUACAUAUUGAAUGUGACAGGAAAACCUGGGGAAAGGCCCAGAACUCAUGCCGAGCAGAGGGAGGUGACCUUGCAAGUAUCCAUAGUAAUGAAGAAUGGAAGCUAUUUAAUGAUGUUAGCAACAAAGGAAUCCUGUGGAUCGGACUUUACUACGAUGAGUCGACGAAUCUGUGGACAUGGUCCAAUGGUGACUCAUCUACCUACUGCAGCAAUAAAAGCACAUGCUGCUCUCUGCCACCGGCUGUGCACCCCCUACUUUUGCUUGCUUUAGAGGUAAGUGCGGCUUCACUGUUUCCCCAAGAAAACUGAUUUUUAAUACUAUAACGGUUGUUUCCAGAAAAAGUGUGUAUUUUAAACAUUAGACUUUUCUUGAGCUAACUGUAUUCCCCAAAUGGGGAUUAUAUGUGGUUUUGGGACCACAAACACCAUAAACUUAAGAACUAGUUAGGAAAUCGAGUAGGCUAAUACCUGACAUUUUGUCCACAGAAGAAAAAAAAAAAACUCACUCGGGGUAUCGGAUCUGGGUGAGUAGAAGACAAGCAAGUGGACAAAUAUUCAGUGGCCAAAUGUAUAUACAUGCAUUUGGUGGUGAAACGUAGCAUGUACACCAGUGAGAAAUUAUGAGAAUACAAGUCACAAGAUGCUUACAACUGUGGUCAUGCACAGAAUGUCAAACACCAUGACAUAGAUUCAGAGUAUUGUGUCUUGAAAUCAGAAAUCCUCCCUAGCCAAAAACAAGGACACAGUACCACUGUGUAUGAGCUGUUUAAUCGAGCAAUAUUUCCUGCUCCGAUUUCAACUGGGGAAAAUGAAAGGUGAAAAGAAUGCUUUAAUUGUGUCUUGAGUAGUUUUCACAUUUCUGCCGUAAGUUGUAAACACAACUUUUUACAAAACAUUUUACAAAAACAUGUCAAACAAAUAUUGGAAACUGUAGGCUGUAUAGCACCAUUUUUAAGCGUAUCUUUUUAACAAACAACAUAACAGAAAUGCAGAAUAGGCUACAUUAAUGUAUUCUCAUUCAUUACACGUUUAGAUAUUAUCGAUAAUCUAGGUACAUUUUACUGCAAUAAUUGAUCAUUCAAAUUCAGAUAUCGGCCCAAUCUUAGUUCAGAGCUUGAAGACAUAGUUGUAUGGCAAAGUUGUUACAGAAUAUCAAUCUUGACAACCAGUACAACCAGACAUUUUCAUGAUGUUAAUAGUUUUAACUCAGUUUUUAAAGCUUACUAACUCAUCUGGAUGGCUGAAGAAAAAUGCUGCUUGCGCUGCCAAAUGCGCGCUCCUAUUUUUGAUGACGUCGGCUGUAAGAGGAUCUCCACUAGCUGUCCAUCACAUAUACAUUACUGCGUACAUGCUGUAUUAUAGGUCAGAUAUGGACAGUGAGUCAUUAUAUGGCUGGCAGUGCUGUUCAUUCUCCUGCACCCAUUAUCCUAAACCAUACACCCACUAAUAUCCUACUACAUCCAUUUUCUGGAAGUCUGUGCUUAUCCUAUGUACUAAUCAGUUUCAGUUAUGCUUCUCUGCUAUUAGUGUUCCUAAAUAUAUGUACAUUUCUACACACAGAAAUAAAUUGAUAAAUACCAUUCUAGGUGUGAAAAUGUACGUACGCAUGAUUUACGCACAAAACUGUUCAUACUCACAGUUGAUAAAUGACACCCCUGGUUUCAUUUCAAGACAAAUCACACCAAAAUUGAAGCAACAGCACUCGGUGGCAGCAAAGGAAGGAAAGAUUAGUGGCAGAAUACACUUGAUAUUGUGAAUACCGUAACUCUAAAAGUAUUUGAUGCAUCUUUUUCAAGCUUGCCAGAAACUUUGUAUCCAGGGCCUAUUAAAUUUUCAGUCAAAUCGCAUCAAAACUGAAGCAGUGUCAGUGGAACAUGAAAGGACAGCCAGAGAACCAAAUUACAUUGUCAUAAGUCACACAAAAUAGGGCUUUUAUUAUAGAUUUUUUGGAGUGGCGAGGAGAGUGUGUAGGGUGUGUAGAGUUUUGGGGGUGUGAGAGGAGUAGGGAUUGGGGGAAGAGGGUGACAGGGCCGUCCAGGGAAUACAUUGUUGUUUUUCUGACAACAUCUAGUUUUACUACUUUUUUAAUGCCAACUGGAUAACUGCACCCAGGUAAUUGCUCACAUACCCCAGCUGCUUCAUAUUCUAUUUUAGAUGCUUUUAUUUGGCCUGUCAUAUAAUGGCCUGUCUAAUAUCUCUUCAAGGAUAAAUGUAUUUUGACUGAAAACUUUUAUGAAUUACUGCAUGUUUUUUGAGAAACACAUGGACCUCUGUGGUCACCAACCCUGCUGCUGGAGAUCUACCACCCUGCAGAGCUUGGUGUGUUGAAUUAGGGCAGCAAUAAGCUCUGCAGGGUGGGAUAUCACUAGGAGCAGGGUUGGUGACCACUGAGGUAAAGAAUUGAAUAAUAUCCCAAUUUCUCCAUUUUUAUAUGUUCUUCAAUUUUAAUAUGUGCUGGAGGAAAUGACUUGAUGUGAUUUAGUGCACCUUCCAUAGUUUUAUGAUAUGUUACCUUACCUCUUCAGUGACAUUGUUUUCUAUUGUUCAGGACAGUGGACAGCGACAGUGCGGGAAUAAGUAUGGAAUGUGUGAACAUUUUGUUUCAGUAAAUACGUUUCCAAUGAGGUUUCUGACGUCUGUUCUGCAGCAAUUAGGUGCCGAAACUCCUGGGAGAGCUCUUUCCUUUUACCCCUCAUGAUAUCAUUUAUGCGUGUUAACAAAAAACCAUCAAUGUGUACUAACCCAGCUGAUAUUCAUUUGCACAGAUAGGAGGUAGAAUAACUUUCUAACUACUUCCGGAUUUCAGCUGGUUCCUUGCUUUUCCGUGCCUUGGUGUACUGCUUCUUUUUUCCCCGUGUCAUUCCACUUUAUGACACAUAACUUUAUUUGGACUUUAUUGUUGUGAAUUCGUUAUAUUUGUUGAUUUCUGCAGUUAAUACCAAUGUCUGGUGAAAAUGAAUAUCCUCAUUGGAAAUAUAUUUAUUGAGAAGAAAUCUUGACGCAUUCAGUAGUUGUUUUCCCCACUGAAUAUCAUUCUAGUUAAACCUUUAUGUAAUGAUAAUGAUUAUUAGCUAUUUGUGAUUGCCAUAUAUUCAGAUUAAAUUCAUAUUGAAGAAAAGAAACAUUAAAAUUGCAUUUCUACUUAUAGAGGACAUGGACAUUUUGUUGAGAUGAAAUACUUGCUAAAAGUAAUAGAUAUUGCAAAUUUUUAGUUUUGUGAUGUAUCUUCUCAGACCAGAACUUCACUACAACCACCCCAACUGUGGGGAUCACCAAAUCUGCUGCCACUAUCAGCGGCAAUUCUGAUUUUGCUCCACAAACAGCUCGGCGUACGAUGUGCAUCUCUGCCAGAAGGUGGCGGUGAAGAAGCUGUCGCGGCCGUUCCAGUCGCUCAUCCACAGCCGGCGCUCGUACCGGGAGUUGCGGCUGCUGAAGCACAUGAAGCACGAGAACGUCAUAGGCCUGCUAGAUGUCUUUACUCCCGCCUCAUCUCUGGAAGACUUCAAUGAGUUGUACCUCGUCACCAACCUGAUGGGGGCAGACUUGAACAACAUAGUGAAGUUCCAGCGGCUUUCAGACGAACACGUGCAAUUUCUUAUUUACCAGCUCCUCAGGGGCCUCAAGUACAUUCAUUCAGCUGGACUGAUUCACAGAGACCUGAAGCCAAGCAAUGUAGCUGUCAAUGAAGACUGCGAGCUAAGGAUCCUAGACUUCGGGCUGGCAAGGCAGACGGAUGAUGAGAUGACAGGAUACGUGGCGACUCGCUGGUACCGAGCGCCUGAGAUCAUGCUCAACUGGAUGCACUACAACCAGACAGUGGAUAUCUGGUCAGUGGGCUGCAUCAUGGGAGAACUAUUGAAGGGGAAGGUGUUGUUUCCCGGCAAUGACUACAUCGACCAGUUGAAGAGAAUCAUGGAGGUCGUGGGCACGCCGACCCCAGAGCUACUCAAGAAGAUCUCGUCCGAACACGCACAGAAGUACAUUGAAUCCCUGCCCUACAUGCCCCAGCAGGACCUGGGGAAGCUGUUCCGGGGAGCCAAUCCGCUGGCUGUGGAUCUUCUGAAGCGGAUGCUAGUUCUGGAUUGCGACGGGCGUGUGACGGCCAGCGAAGCCCUCUCGCACCCCUACUUUGCACAGUACCACGACCCUGAUGACGAGCCAGAAGCCCCUGCUUACGACCAGACUCCCGAGAGCAAGGACCGCACCCUGGAAGAGUGGAAAGAGCUGGUGUUUGAAGAAGUCAAAAGUUUCAAGCCCCCUGGUAAUAAACAAGAUAGUUUGGAGGCGGAGCCAUAAGGGGCAACCCUGACCCCUUUGUACUUUCUCUGUCUAUCCUGAGGACGGACGGCCCCCUUCGUUUGGCUGGCUGUCAGUCAGCAAAGUGGGGCGGAACCAAAGAGACUUCUAGCCAACCAGAGAAGAUCGCUCUUCCUUUGGCAUGACUCCCACAACCAUCUUCUGUCUGUCCAUCAUUCUGCAAAAAAAUGAACUCUAAUGACUAUGAGAAUGAAGUAUUACUUGAAAAAUACCUAUGGCCAGAAGGCAUGCUAUUUUUUUUUGCAUUUCUUUUAACUCUUUUUAUGUUCUCUUCCCCAUUUUGCCUAUAUUAAUUUGAAUUAGUGAGAGUCCCUUAAAAAAUGGCUGUCUGACUCAUGUCACAAAGCGAACUACUAAGACAGGUGUCACACCCAGUCACACACAAGCUCAGAUCUAUUCUCGAAAACAAACCAUUGUCAUUGUCAACACAAUUUACUUGCUGUGUUAAGGUGCCUGGAUGGAGGUUGAGUCUCGAUGACAGGCUGGAAGUAGGACCAGGCUCUCAGUAAACUGACUAUUGAUUCAUACCCCCCCCCCCCCAAAAAAAAAAAAUGGUUGGAGGAUGAACUUAUUUAUAUCUAGCAAUACCUGCAGAGUAAUAGAAUCAGGAUCAGAAUCAUACACGAUUGGUCCAAAGGAACUCUCCUGUCUGCUUGGUAAUCAUCUGCCCUCAGGACCCUGCAUUUAUCACACUUAGUCCCUGGUAAACUGCAUGUCUGUCGUUAAAAACGUGCAACUCGCUCGCCCCUGCAGGCGACUCCUCCCUUUGCAGCACCCCAGCGUUUGAGCCUGCAGGCUUAUUCGCUUCGCUUUAUUAUUCACCAAUAAAGCUACU